UUUCAAGAAUUCUAAGUUCUUCAUCCCAAGUUUCGUUCGCAUGAGCAACCUCAAAGUUCAGCCAGUUCAACCAACACCGAGAAAUUAUAUUUCUUUCCUUCCUCUUUUUUCUUUAUUUAUUGGACCGACCGCGACGAUAGCACGACUACUGAGACUUGGAGAUUAAGUCUCAUCUCUUCAUCUCAAUUUAUUGAGACGUUGAGACGCGACCAUCCUCAUUUCUUGUCUUCAGUUGCCAUCGGCCUCUAAAUCUCCAUCAUGUCUUCCAUCAAUGUGAAACCCACGCUCAAGCUUGACACGAGUCAGAGCAUGCCGCCCCCGUCGAAUGCCGAUAAUCCUAAGCCUAAACUCAAACUCAAUACUACUUCGACUCCGACUCCUUCUAGCGAGAAGAUAAAGAUCAAUAUCAAGAAGAAAUUGGAGGGUAGUCAACCGGGCACGCCAGCGGCCACUUCUCCCGCCCCGACGCCAACAAUCACCAAGUCCAAAGCAGGAAGAACAUCGAAGCCGACGAAGAAGCUGCUCGAAUCUAAGAAACGAGGCUUUGACAGCGACGAUGAAGACCGCCCAUUAUCGGAGACUCGCCAGGAGUCAAACAGACCCAGCAAGAUAAUCAAAGUUAAACACACCCCGAACACGCCUAUUAAUUCCAUCAAGUUCAAGCCACGAGGAGAGCCCGUCGAGCACCGACCGGGCGAUGGCUACGAUUCCGAGGCCAGUGACCGUGAAACAGACCCCAUCCGAGAAUCCACCUUUGUGAUCCGUACCGUUCCGGAUGCCUCGAUGGAGUAUUUAAAGAAGGCCUUAGAGGAAGGUAUAAUGGGUGUACCUAAGCAAAUGGGAGGCGCAGAUUUUAACCUUCAGUUUAUCGAUGCUAAGUCGCGUCGAGCUGUGGUUACUAUUGACGGGAACCAUUAUGCUGCUGUUCUAGUCCAACUGCCUACUAUCACAGAAGCGACGAAGACGUGGGACAAGAAAAACAUGAUGAAGAACUCGGAUAUCUCAGAGAUGCUUCUAUGUUUUGCUAAGGUCAAGAAUGAAGCUGAGGCUAAGACUGUCCCAAUUCCGGAAAUGGUAUUGAAGAACGAUUAUAAAUGGCCGCAUGGCCUUACCCCUCCAAUGCACGAUGCUGUCCACCGACGGUUCAGAAAGACAUUAUCUGAGAAGCAGUGGCAGAAUAGUACAGCCCGUGUUGCAAAAUUACUGGAGGAUGACGCAGCCGCCACAGAAGUCCACGUUGAAUUGAUGCAGGAUGAUGACGAGUCCGAGGACGAGGAGGAAGAGGAUGCCGAAGGCGAGAUUGAGCAAGAUUACUUUGGAGAACAGCCCGAAGCUAUGGAGGAAGAUGUGGAAGAAGACGAUGAGUUGUUGGCCGCAAUGGAGGCCGCGCUUGACGAGGAUGGAAUGCAAAUCGAGGAACCUAUUGCAGCCACGCCAAGUUUACCAUUAGAAGUUCCAGAGGCGCCAACUCCAAUGACUGUCGAUGCUAUUACACCCGCACCCGCGGCGGAGGAAGUCAUAUCAGAAGAAGAUGAAGAUGAAGAAGACGAGGAGGACGAAGACGAUGAGGAAGAUGAUGAAGAAGUGGAUGAGGAGCAGUUGGUCGCAGAGCGAGAGCGCAAAGAAAAGCUUGAUGAGAUCGAGCACUUGAACAAGGCAUAUGAGGAGACAUUGCGCCAACUCACUGAAGUCAAUGCACCUAUCCUCAAGAGACGUAUUCUGACGACGAAGGCCAACCUCGAAAAGGAGAUUGCUGUCAAGAAGGCCGCCUUAGGUUUGACAGAUGAGGAUUAGGACUGACAUAUUCUUGGGAAGGCGAGAGGGGUAUUAUAUCGAAAUGGGGCAGCGGGUUUUUGGGUUUGACGUCUUUAUAUCUCGAAACGAGGUGUCUACUUUGCAAGGACGGAACGACAUCGGCAAUCGGUUAGACUAAGGACAGGAGUUAUUGGAACGAUACGAUACCCUUAAGCGCUGCAUAUAGCUGGAAAUACUAUGGAUUCAACUUGGGUUGCCCACGGGUUUAUGGGCGGAUGAUGCGUUAUAUGUUUGCGACUGUGGAAUUCUGUGUAAGUAGUGUCGAAAUAGUCGCUCGAAUACGAGAAGUAGUCGCAA